GUUUUGCGCACGUGGUCCGCCCUUCGCGUUGGUUGUUCUGAAACCCUAGACAGCAACCUCCCAUUCCCGCCGUUCUCCUCUUCUUCUUCGCCGCCACCCUCCCUUCUCCCUCAUCCUCCACCGCCGCCGCCGUCGCCGCCGCCGCCGCCGCCGCCGAUAUGGGUCGCAGUCUACUACCCGAACAACAGCAGGAGGAUGUAUUGAAGAAGAGCAAGAAGGAGAAGAAGAGCUCGAAAGACAAGAAGCGGAAGCUGGCGGCGGAGGCCGAGGCAGCGGCGGAGGAGGCGGCGACGGCCAUGGCCACGGAGGAGGUGCCGAAGAGCAGCAAGAAGAAGAGGGCUAAGGAAGAGUCGGGCGGAGGAGAGGAGGCGGCGAACGGCGGCGGGAAGGUCGUGGCUGUGACCGGGAAGGGCUCCGCGGACGCCAAGUACGCCCCGCUGGCCUCCUUCGCAGCCGCCGCUCUGCCUCCCCAGGUGCUCGACUGCUGUAAGGGCUUCGCGCGGCCGUCGCCCAUCCAGGCGCACGCCUGGCCGUACCUCCUCGACGGCCGUGACUUUAUCGGCAUCGCCGCCACUGGAUCUGGGAAGACGAUUGCAUUUGGUGUGCCGGCUCUGAUGCACGUUAGGAAGAAACUCAAGGAGAAAUCUGCUAAGAAGGGGGUGCCGCGGUGCCUCGUGCUCUCGCCCACGAGGGAGCUCGCUCAACAGAUCGCGGAUGUACUUUGCGAAGCCGGUGCACCCUGUGGGAUAAGUUCAGUGUGCCUUUACGGUGGAACUUCCAAAGGACCUCAAAUAUCUGCCCUUAAAUCUGGAGUGGAUAUAGUCAUAGGGACACCUGGUCGUAUGAAAGACCUUAUUGGAAUGGGUAUUUGUCGUCUUAAUGAAGUUUCUUUUGUGGUUCUAGAUGAAGCUGAUCGAAUGCUGGAUAUGGGUUUUGAACCUGAAGUCAGAGAAAUUUUAAGCCAAACUGCAUCUGAACGUCAGACGGUGAUGUUUAGUGCUACAUGGCCUCCUGCUGUCCACCAGCUAGCCCAAGAGUUUAUGGAUCCUAAUCCAAUAAAGGUUGUUAUUGGAUCAGAAGAUCUUUCUGCUAACCAUGAUGUGAUGCAAAUUGUUGAAGUAUUGGAUGAUAGGUCAAGGGAUACAAGAUUAGUUGCUUUGCUUGAUAAAUACCAUAAAGCACGGAGAAACAGGGUGUUGGUUUUUGUGUUGUACAAGAAAGAAGCUACACGGGUAGAAACAAUGUUACAAAGAAGGGGGUGGAGUGCUGUUUCUGUUCAUGGAGAUAAGGCACAACAUGACAGAACGAAAGCUUUAGCUUUAUUUAAAGAAGGGACAUGUCCUUUGAUGAUUGCCACUGAUGUUGCCUCACGUGGACUUGAUAUUCCUGAUGUCGAAGUUGUCAUUAACUACAGCUAUCCUUUGACCACGGAAGAUUAUGUCCACAGGAUUGGGAGGACUGGUCGUGCUGGCAAAAAAGGGGUUGCACAUACCUUCUUUACUCAAGAUAACAAGGGACUUGCUGGUGAACUUGUCAAUGUUUUGCGGGAGGCUGGUCAGGUCAUUCCUCCAGCACUUACAAAAUUUGGCACACACGUCAAGAAAAAGGAAUCACAAAUAUAUGGAUCUCAUUUCAAGGAAAUCAAAGCAGAUGCUCCUAAAUCGACAAAGAUAACGUUUGGUGAUUCUGAUGAGGACUAACAACACUUGCUGGUCUUUUCUUUUCGUUAUGAAGUUUUGAUGCUUGAAGAAGUCCAAAUAUUUGAUACCAAUAGGAUCGCAUGUCUUGAGGGGGAGAGCCUCUCUACAUUAUCAUCAUUGUAUACCUAGGUUAGCUUAUUGUCAGUAAUCUCCUACUUAUUCUAGGACAUCGUAUUUUAUACCUAGUUAUAUUGAUUUUAUGCACCGCAGUUUUCUUAUCUUGUGGUAGAAAAACAGCAAAAUCAGAUUACUGACAAAGGUACUAAACAUCAUGGGCAGCAGAUUUAUGAAUGAUCAUAAUGAUCAAAUAGUGAUAGCA